AUGGAGACAGAAACGAGGGACCUUCUCUUUUGUUGUGUUCAUUCCCUGGCGAGGCGAACACUGGUUGGCACUGUGCACUGUGAUGUCCAAGAUCCGUUCUUCCUCGUCGCGCACUAUGAAGCAGAUGGCAGUGAACGGCGACGCACCAUAUCUUCCCCAAGACAUCAUCAGAAGCAUUCUCAAAUGCCUUCCGGAGGGGCUAGACCAUUCUCGUACUUGUGUUUUCUCGAUCAAAGGAUGCGAGUUCAAGAAGCUCAAAACGCACCUCUAAUCGGUUUCUUGUUGGGUGUUAGUAUCAUCGGUUGCUGCAAUGGCUUGCUCUGUUUCCAACCCAAUAAUGCAUCCAUUUUCAUAUGGAAUCCAGCUACUAGAGAGGUCAGAAAGGCGUUAGUAGCUGUUGAUAUUUCUUUGCGUGAGUCUUUCAAGAUGGGAUUUGGAUUUAGUUCAAUUGCUAAUGAUUACAAGAUAGUGAGAAUGCGUGUUUCUUUGAAUAAUGAACGGUUUAUUCGUAUGCAAGAGUGUAAUUUAUUUGCUAAUCUGGUCGAUCAAGUGCAAGUUUAUUCAUUAAGCACAGGAUCAUGGAGUGCAAUAGAAUUUGGGAACUUAGACGGUAUAUAUCUUGUUUCAAAUGGUUUCCCUGCAAAUGGAGCUAUCUUUUGGCUUGGGUUUAUGCUAAAUUCGGGGGAGAACGAUGAAAUUGUUGGGCAUUUGAUAGUUUCAUUUGACGUCGCAACGGAAGUGUUUACUUUGAUACCUUUACCUGCUUCAGUCCCUAGAUCAUAUCGCAAUAAGCUAACUGUGCACGAGAAUAAUCUUGCUCUGCUUUCUCACACUUUUAUUGGAAACUAUGAAUCUUCUUUGAUUGAUUUGUGGGUGAUGAAUGAGGGUACAGGUGCAUCCGGAGGAAGAUGGAAUUGGACUAAGAAAUAUAGUACCAGCCCUUACCCAUGCAUUUUAAUUCCAGGGACUAUUUGGAGGAAUGAAAUUGUCUGCCAUUCUGUUGCAUGGCACAUUAAUGCAGCUGAACGUGAAGGGAGGAAUGGUGAACAAAAUAUUUUUCUGGUCAAUCUCAGUACUAAUGAAGUCAAGACUUUUGCUAUCUCCAGAAACAGCAUGAGUCAUGAUAUUUUCAAUUAUGUGGAAAGCCUUGCACCGGUUGGCAACAACCACAUAGAAGAGAUUUGAUCUUGGAUCUUAAUUUUUACAUUGCAGAUUUUCUUUAAGUUGGUUUGCUGGAAAGGAACCUGUGACAGUGAAGAUCAUUUUGUACCUUUGAGGGUUGAGAUUUUAUAUAGAAUGGUAAAUUGGUAAGUGCAUGUGUUUAAUACUAGAUGUUUGUAACUUUCUUUGACCUGCCUAUCUAUAAUAUCAUGUUGUAAAGUUUUCUUUCAGAGAUGGAUAUGUAAUUUAGCUGAUGAUUUGUGGAUUAUUGGGGACUUUUUAUCUUGGUAAUUUAGUUGUCCAGGUAAGAUGGAUAUAUAACCAUUGGAAAUGGAUGCAUUUUUCAGGUAUUAUGUGUUUUGAUUGAAUGAUAAUCCUUCUAUAUUUGAGGAUGCCAUUUUUGUUUGUAUCUCACUGUCUGUUUUCUGACAAGUAAGAUGUAAUAUUUGCGCUUAUUAUUGUACUGCUAGGAAAGCUGGAAAGGGGUCAUUUUUCAGAAACUGCAGUUGCUCAUCUCAUGCAACUUCCAGUCUUAAGUGCGAGACAUUGUCUCUCAAUGAGGGGAUGCAGAUGACUCUAGAUUUGAGAUUUGAUUAGGAUGUGUUUGAGUCUAAUUGUUAGCUUUUGGUUAACUUUCUGGUUCAUGGGGUAGCUUGUCCUGAAUGGCGCUGCAGUGCUUUCUUGGAACCGUAGCUUUGUAUGGGUGCUGAGAUAGGUGAAUCUUGCAACAGAUUGACUUUCCAAGAAAUCUUUAAUUAAGGUAAGGCCUUUUGGAUGGGAUUCUAAUCCCCCCACCUGCUUUGGCUGUUAUCCCUAGUGUUGAAGCUGGGAGGUGGAGUGUUGGGGUUUCCUUUGGUUUAUUUUUGUUUGAUGUUUAGCUUUUUUUUUUUUUUUUCCUUGCUGUUGCUUUGUUUUACUGUAAAUGUUGUUUUGUUGGUGUUUAAUGUGGGGAUCAUUUUUUUCCCAAAAGAGGAAAAAUGUAAUAUCU